GACAAACUCCCUUCAUAGCACAACACGAAUCCUGAAGGUCCUUCCCAUCUCACACGUUGCUUAACUUAGACCUACGACUUGCGGAGCAGUGUGCUCAAACUGUCAUCCCAGCUCGACGGUGCCUCAAAUUAGCACAACAACACCUUUCCCUUCCCCGCGAUGUGCCGGUUCUUGAUGUAUCGCGGCAGCGACGAGAUCCUCCUCUCAAAGUUGAUCCUCGAUCCAACCCACUCGAUCCUGAAACAGUCAUUCGACUCCCGUCUACGACUAGAUACUCGACGCGGACAGAACAAUGCCGAUGGCUUUGGCAUUGGGUGGUACACCGAUCCCAAGCUCGGCCAGGCCCCGUGUCUCUUCACUUCGACGAUACCUGCCUGGAACUGCACCAACCUUCAACGGAUUGCCUCAAAGACAGCUUCACGCCUGGUCUUUGCCCACGUACGCGCUACCACCGAGGGUUCGCUCAGCGAGGACAACUGCCACCCGUUCUGCCAUGGCAGCCUGAUGUGGAUGCACAACGGUGGCCUCGGCGGCUGGAAGCAUAUCAAGAGAAGGCUCGCAGAAAGACUAGCAGAUAAAUGGUACUUGGGUGUUUGCGGAGGGACCGACAGCGAAUGGGCGUUUGCACUGUUCCUUGACACCCUGCAGAGGAUGGGUCACGACCCGAGCUCGCAACCGCAUGGCGGUUUUGGGCCGACCGUCUUGAGAAAAGCCAUGCUGAAGACGAUUGCGCUGAUCAACGAGCUGAUCGACCAAAUCCCGGACAGUGUCAUUCAGGCUGAGAACGUCGACACCCGGAGCCUCCUUAACUUCGCCGUCAGCGAUGGUCACAGCAUCAUAUGCACUCGGUACAUCAGCAGCGCCACGGACGAAGCUGCCAGCUUGUACUAUUCCUCUGGGACAGAGUGGGAGAAACGCACAAGCUCCCCAGAUGACAGGAACUACCAGAUGGAACGUCGAGACAAAGGCGCUGACAUUGUCUUGGUUGCCAGCGAGCCCUUGACCUUCGAAAGGGAGAACUGGGUGAAUGUGCCGACCAAUUCGGUGCUCACCAUACACAACCAGACUGUGAUGGUGCACCCCAUUGUCGACGAAUAUUUCGACCGGAGUCCCUACCACGUCCGUUCCAGCGCGUUCGUCCAAGCUAAGGGUCUGACCGCCAAUGAAAAAGCCUCGGCACACCUGAGCCCUUCUGUUUCUGCCCUGGCCCCGAACCCCGAAGCACAGAGGAAGGCGAUGCUAGGCCCCGCGGUUCCUCUGGGCGUUACUCGGAAGAGCGACUCCGUCAGUGCCUCAGGCAAGACCAGGCCUGCGAGUGGCCUUCACGAAGCAUCUACACCGAGCGACGCGCGGUCCAUCCUGACGUUGUCCAGCAGCCAAAGUAACACAUCACGGCCACAAGUGCAGGGCAAUAUCAAGGUGAAACGCAAGACAUUGGACGUCUCUGAGCAAGCGCCGACAGAAGUGGACAGUGACUCCGAUACAGCAGAACAGCCGGGUCAGGGAAUCGGGCAUCCUAAUAAGCUGUCAAGGUUCUUUCCAGAACUGACGAUGAACUAGUACGUUGGUCUUCGGUGCUUGGGUCUUGGGGGCUUGAAAAUGCCAAGUGUCUAGCGGGCGGAUUUGCUUGCU